AAAUAGAAAUUACUUUGAGAUCGAAGUAUAAAGUCGAGGGUUAGGAACUGUGGGAAAACAAAAUGAUUGUGUCGCCUGCUCGAAGCUGUCAGCUGGCACAACAUAGCGAUAGCGACAUUGGUUUGUCAUGAUUGUGCAGUGUAGUAUAACGCGAUAGUAUCAUUGUUGAUGGCAAGGCUGCGUGUGUGGUAGUGAGCGAAAGUGUUCUAAAUAUACUAACGGUAUUUACGCCGAAUUAUCUCGUGACAGUUAGAUUUUCGUAGGUUAGAGACAGAUUUUUUUAUAAAGGUGUUAAUUUAUUUUCUGCACAAUGAUUGACAAGAAAGAUGAUGACUUUUCUACAAAUACUGAUCUGAAAUCACCUAGCCAGGCUGCUGCUAUUUUAGCACAAUCAAGACAGUUGUUAGAAACGAAUACAGCAUCGGUUCAGUCGGAAAUCCGUUCGUCGUUUGCACGAUUGGCAGAAGCACUGAGGUCUCGCGAGAAACAACUCUUACGCCAAGUAGACGCUCUGCAGAGCCAACAGCUGGCACUGUUACAAUCGCAUGAAAGUGUUCUCCUGGAGCGUUCAAUAGGUGAUAUGCCUAAACCUCCUAUGCAAGUGAAAGCUGAUUUGAAAGAAGAGGAAGCACUGCUCAAUGCUCUACAAUCAUUUGGUAAAGUCAGUGUAAACCGAGGGACCAUAAUAAUCAUGGACAGUACAGAAGCAUCAUACUCUACACCUUACAGAUUGGAAGAUUAUCAAGAUGCAAAUGAGGAUCACAUGUCAUCAUACAAGUCAUUGUCAGAAAGCACUGCUGAACAAGAAGUGAUCCGAUUUGGCUUCACACCUCGCACGAGUCUGAAUCUUUGUCAUAUGCCUUCAAAAGCAUCAGAUGCAAGAGUAACAGAAGAAGAUAUGAAUACUAAUAACCAAAAUGAGGAUUGCACAGAGAAUGCAACCGAACGAAGGCCAUCCCAGGUGGAGCAUUGGCUUCAGCAGAUCAAAGUGGAAACGGAAAUAGAACCAAGUGUUGCAGAACAAGACAAAAAUUUAGAACAUUAGUUAACUGUCGAUCUUUUUAUUUUUCCUGUAAGAAUAUAGUAUUGUAGUGAUCCUAUGCACAAUAUCCUGGUCAUAUGUGGUGUCAUAUGUCGCUCAUUAACUUGCAUUUUGAACAGUGUCUCUGUCAGGAAGGGUUCUCUUGUCAUAAAAUGGCAGCAGUAAUUUCCAUAUCUGUUGCCAAGUCUAUAUUUAUUUAUUAUUGCACUUAUAAUUGUGUGUGUGUGUGUGUGUGUGUGUGUGUGUGUGUGUGUGUGUGAGAGAGAGAGAGAGAGAGAGAGAGAGAGAGAGAGAGAGAGAGAGAGAGAGAGAGAGAAUUGAUUCACAUUUUCAUAGCAUGCUGAUAAAUUAUUUAUUUUUAGUUAAUAUAUUGUGUACACACUCCAGGUAGCAGUUCAAAGAUGCUCAUAUUUGAAAGAAAUGUAUAAUUUCCAUGUUCAUUGAUUUGUAUUCUUUCACAGUACUGCUGUAUUAUUUUAUUAUGUAUUCUUAGUGAGACAAUAUUGAAAAUUUGUAAAGGAAAUUA